GUCUUCGCCGCCAUCCUCUGGCUUUCCACCAGCCGCUGCAGGGAUGCGGGCACCGAGUUGACCGGCCAUCUGGUGCCCCACCAAGACGGCCUGAGGGUCUGGUGUCCGGAGUCCGGGGCCCGCAUUCCCCUGCCGCCGGCCCCCGAAGGCUGCCCCUGGAGCUGUCGCCUGCUGGGCAUCGGAGGCCACCUUUCUCCGCAGGGCAAGCUCACCCUGCCCCAGGAGCAGCCGUGCCUGAAGGCCCCGCGGCUCCGAUGCCAGUCCUGCCGGGUGGCACAGGCCCCGGGGCUCAGGGCAGGCGAGGGGUCACCAGAAGAGCCCACGGGCGGCCGUCGGAAAAGGAAUGUAAAUACAGCUCCCCAGUUCCAGCCCCCCAGCUACCAGGCCACAGUGCCCGAGAACCAGCCUGCGGGCACCCCGGUGGCAUCCCUGCGGGCCAUCGACCCCGACGAGGGGGAGGCGGGCCGGCUGGAGUACACCAUGGAUGCCCUCUUCGAUAGCCGCUCCAACCAUUUCUUCUCCCUGGACCCGACCACUGGUGCGGUAACCACAGCGGAAGAGCUGGACCGUGAGACUAAGAGCACCCACGUCUUCAGGGUCACGGCGCAGGACCACGGCAUGCCCCGGCGAAGUGCCCUGGCCACACUCACCAUCCUGGUGACUGACACCAACGACCAUGACCCAGUUUUCGAGCAGCAGGAAUACAAGGAGAGCCUCAGGGAGAACUUGGAGGUUGGCUAUGAGGUGCUCACUGUCAGGGCCACGGAUGGCGAUGCCCCGCCCAACGCCAAUAUUCUGUACCGCCUGCUGGAAGGGCCGGGGGGCGGUCCCUCUGAAGUCUUUGAGAUUGACCCUCGCUCCGGGGUGAUCCGGACCCGUGGCCCCGUGGACAGGGAAGAGGUGGAAUCCUACCAGUUGACGGUGGAGGCGAGUGACCAGGGUCGGGACCCGGGUCCACGGAGUGCCACAGCCGCUGUUUUCCUGUCUGUGGAGGAUGACAAUGACAAUGCCCCCCAGUUUAGUGAGAAGCGCUACAUAGUCCAGGUGCGGGAGGAUGUGACCCCAGGAGCUCCAGUACUCCGGGUCACGGCCUCCGAUCGAGACAAGGGCAGCAAUGCCCUGGUACACUACAGCAUUAUGAGCGGCAACGCUCGGGGACAGUUUUAUCUGGAUGCCCAGACCGGGGCUCUGGAUGUGGUGAGCCCUCUUGACUAUGAGACGACUAAGGAGUACACGCUGCGGGUGCGCGCACAGGACGGUGGCCGGCCCCCGCUCUCCAACGUCUCCGGCUUGGUGACGGUGCAGGUCCUGGAUAUCAACGACAAUACCCCCAUAUUUGUCAGCACCCCCUUCCAGGCUACUGUCCUAGAGAGUGUCCCCUUGGGCUAUCUGGUUCUCCACGUCCAGGCCAUCGAUGCUGAUGCCGGUGACAAUGCCCACCUGGAAUACCGCCUCGCUGGGGUCGGGCAUGACUUCCCCUUCGCCAUCAACAAUGGCACAGGCUGGAUCUCCGUGGCUGCCGAGCUGGACAGGGAGGAGGUUGAUUUCUACAGCUUUGGGGUAGAAGCCCGAGACCAUGGCACCCCAGCGCUCACUGCCUCCGCCAGUGUCAGUGUGACCAUCUUGGACGUCAACGACAACAACCCCACCUUUACUCAGCCCGAGUACACAGUGCGGCUCAAUGAGGAUGCAGCGGUGGGCACCAGCGUGGUGACAGUGUCGGCCGUGGACCGUGACGCCCAUAGUGUCAUCACCUACCAGAUCACCAGCGGCAACACCCGGAACCGCUUCUCCAUCACCAGCCAAAGUGGCGGCGGACUGGUGUCCCUCGCCCUGCCACUGGACUACAAACUCGAGCGGCAGUAUGUGCUGGCUGUUACCGCCUCCGACGGCACUCGGCAGGACACGGCACAGAUCGUGGUGAAUGUCACCGACGCCAACACCCAUCGUCCUGUCUUUCAGAGCUCCCACUACACAGUGAAUGUGAACGAGGACCGGCCAGCAGGCACCACGGUGGUGCUGAUCAGCGCCACGGAUGAGGACACGGGUGAGAAUGCACGCAUCACCUACUUCAUGGAGGACAGCAUCCCCCAGUUCCGCAUCGACGCAGACACAGGGGCUGUCACCACUCAGGCUGAGCUGGACUACGAAGACCAAGUGUCCUACACCCUGGCCAUCACCGCACGGGACAACGGCAUUCCCCAGAAGUCCGACACCACCUACCUGGAGAUCCUGGUGAAUGACGUGAAUGACAAUGCCCCUCAGUUCCUGCGCGACUCUUACCAGGGGAGCGUCUACGAGGAUGUGCCGCCCUUCACCAGCGUCCUGCAGAUCUCAGCCACAGACCGUGAUUCUGGCCUUAAUGGCCGGGUCUUCUACACUUUCCAGGGCGGCGAUGACGGAGACGGGGACUUCAUUGUAGAGUCCACGUCAGGCAUUGUGCGAACGCUGCGGAGGCUGGAUCGGGAAAACGUGGCCCAGUAUGUCUUACGGGCCUAUGCGGUGGACAAGGGGAUGCCCCCAGCCCGCACUCCCAUGGAAGUGACAGUUACGGUGUUGGAUGUGAAUGACAAUCCGCCUGUCUUUGAGCAGGACGAGUUUGAUGUGUUUGUGGAAGAGAACAGCCCCAUCGGGCUGGCCGUGGCCCGGGUCACAGCCACGGACCCUGACGAAGGCACCAAUGCCCAGAUCAUGUACCAGAUCGUGGAGGGCAACAUCCCGGAGGUCUUCCAGCUGGACAUCUUCUCCGGGGAGCUCACGGCCCUGGUAGACUUGGACUACGAGGACCGGCCCGAGUACGUGCUGGUCAUCCAGGCCACAUCAGCCCCUCUCGUGAGCCGGGCCACCGUCCAUGUCCGCCUCCUUGACCGCAAUGACAACCCACCAGUGCUGGGCAACUUCGAGAUACUUUUUAACAACUACGUCACCAACCGCUCUAGCAGCUUCCCCGGGGGUGCCAUUGGCCGAGUGCCUGCCCAUGACCCUGACGUCUCAGACAGCCUGACUUACAGCUUUGAGCGGGGAAAUGAGCUCAGCCUGGUCCUGCUCAAUGCCUCCACGGGAGAGCUGAGGCUGAGCCGGGCUCUGGACAACAACCGGCCUCUGGAGGCCAUCAUGAGCGUGCUGGUGUCAGACGGCGUGCACAGCGUGACGGCCCAGUGCGCGCUGCGCGUCACCAUCAUCACCGACGAGAUGCUCACGCACAGCAUCACGCUGCGCCUGGAGGACAUGUCGCCGGAGCGCUUCCUGUCCCCGCUGCUGGGCCUCUUCAUCCAGGCCGUGGCGGCCACGCUGGCCACGCCCCCGGACCACGUGGUGGUCUUCAACGUGCAGCGGGACACCGACAAAGGGUACCCCCCUGUCUUCACGAGCCACUACUGCGAGACCGAGGUGGACCUCUGCUACUCGCGGCCCUGCGGCGCCCACGGGCGCUGCCGCAGCCGCGAGGGCGGCUACACCUGCCUCUGCCGGGACGGCUACACGGGUGAGCACUGUGAGGUGAGUACCCGCUCAGGCCGUUGCACCCCCAGUGUCUGCAAGAACGGGGGCACCUGUGUCAACCUGCUGGUGGGCGGCUUCAAAUGCGACUGCCCGUCCGGAGACUUCGAGAAGCCCUACUGCCAGGUGACCACGCGCAGCUUCCCCGCCCGCUCCUUCCUCACCUUCCGUGGCCUGCGCCAGCGCUUCCACUUCACCCUGGCCCUCUCGUUUGCCACCAAGGAGCGUGACGGGCUGCUGCUGUACAAUGGGCGCUUCAAUGAGAAGCACGACUUUGUGGCCCUCGAGGUGAUCCAGGAACAGGUCCAGCUCACCUUCUCUGCAGGGGAGUCGACUACCACCGUGUCCCCAUUCGUGCCCGGAGGGGUCAGUGAUGGCCAGUGGCACACAGUGCAGCUGAAGUACUACAAUAAGCCACUGUUGGGUCAGACAGGGCUUCCGCAGGGCCCCUCUGAGCAGAAGGUGGCUGUGGUGACCGUAGAUGGCUGUGACACCGGGGUGGCCCUGCGCUUUGGAGCGGUGCUGGGCAACUAUUCCUGUGCUGCCCAGGGCACCCAGGGUGGCAGCAAGAAGUCUCUGGAUCUGACGGGACCCCUGCUGCUGGGGGGCGUGCCUGACCUGCCCGAGAGCUUCCCUGUCCGCAUGCGCCACUUUGUGGGCUGCAUGAGAAACCUGCAGGUGGACAGCCGGCACGUGGACAUGGCUGACUUCAUUGCCAACAACGGCACCAUGCCUGGCUGCCCUGCCAAGAAGAACGUGUGUGACAGCAACACGUGCCACAACGGGGGCACCUGCGUGAACCAGUGGGACUCGUUCAGCUGCGAGUGCCCUCUGGGCUUCGGGGGCAAGAGCUGCGCCCAGGAAAUGGCCAACCCACAGCACUUCCUGGGCAGCAGCCUGGUGGCCUGGCAUGGCCUCUCACUGCCCAUCUCCCAGCCUUGGCACCUCAGCCUCAUGUUCCGAACGCGCCAGGCCGACGGUGUCCUGCUGCAGGCCGUCACCAGGGGGCGCAGCACCAUCACCCUACAGCUUCGGGCAGGUCACGUGGUGCUGAGCGUGGAGGGCACAGGACUCCAGGCCUCCUCCCUCCGCCUGGAGCCAGGCCGGGCCAAUGAUGGCGACUGGCACCAUGCACAGCUGGCACUGGGAGCCAGCGGGGGGCCCGGCCAUGCCAUCCUGUCCUUCGACUAUGGGCAGCAGAGAGUAGAGGGCAACCUAGGCCCCCGGCUUCACGGCCUGCACCUGAGCAACAUAACAGUGGGGGGCGUGCCUGGGCCGGCCAGCGGGGUGACCCGUGGUUUCCGGGGCUGUUUGCAGGGUGUGCGGGUAAGCGAGAUGCCCAAGGGUGUGAGCAGUCUGGACCCCAGCCGAGGAGAGAGCAUCAAUGUGGAGCCAGGCUGUAGCCUGCCUGAUCCCUGUGACUCGAACCCGUGUCCGGCCAACAGCUACUGCAGCAACGACUGGGACAGCUAUUCCUGUAGCUGUGAUCCAGGCUACUAUGGCGACAACUGCACUAACGUGUGUGACCUGAACCCGUGUGAGCACCAGUCCGUGUGUACCCGCAAGCCCAGUGCCCCUCACGGCUAUCAUUGCGAGUGUCCCCCAAAUUACCUCGGGCCAUACUGUGAGACCAGGAUCGACCAGCCUUGUCCCCGUGGCUGGUGGGGACACCCCACAUGCGGCCCAUGCAACUGUGAUGCCAGCAAAGGCUUUGACCCGGACUGCAACAAGACAAGCGGCGAGUGCCACUGCAAGGAGAACCACUACCGGCCCCCUGGCAGCCCCACCUGCCUCCUGUGUGACUGCUACCCCACAGGCUCUCUGUCCCGAGUCUGUGACCCUGAGGAUGGCCAGUGUCCAUGCAAGCCAGGCGUCAUUGGGCGCCAGUGUGACCGUUGUGACAACCCUUUUGCUGAGGUCACCACCAACGGUUGCGAAGUGAACUACGACAGCUGCCCACGGGCGAUUGAGGCUGGGAUCUGGUGGCCCCGAACCCGCUUUGGGCUGCCUGCUGCUGCCCCCUGCCCCAAAGGCUCUUUUGGGACUGCUGUGCGCCACUGUGAUGAGCAUAGAGGGUGGCUCCCCCCAAACCUCUUCAACUGCACGUCGGUCACCUUCUCAGAGCUGAAGGGCUUCGCUGAGCGGCUACUGCGGAAUGAGUCAGGCCUAGACUCGGGGCGCUCACAGCGGCUGGCUCUGCUCCUGCGCAACGCCACACAGCACACAGCCGGCUACUUCGGCAGCGACGUGAAGGUGGCCUACCAGCUGGCCACACGGCUGCUGGCCCACGAGAGUGCCCAGCGGGGCUUCGGGCUCUCUGCCACACAGGAUGUGCACUUCACCGAGAAUCUGCUGCGGGUGGGCAGUGCCCUGCUUGACGCAGCCAACAAGCGGCACUGGGAGCUGAUCCAGCAGACCGAGGGUGGCACCGCCUGGCUGCUUCAGCACUACGAGGCCUAUGCCAGCGCCCUGGCCCAGAACAUGCGGCACACCUACCUGAGCCCCUUCACCAUCGUCACGCCCAACAUCGUCAUCUCCGUGGUGCGCCUGGACAAGGGGAACUUCGCGGGGGCCAAGCUGCCCCGCUAUGAGGCUCUGCGCGGGGAGCGGCCCCCGGACCUGGAGACCACAGUCAUUCUGCCCGAAUCUGUCUUCAGAGAGACGCCCCCUAUGGUCAGGCCUGCGGGCCCCGGAGAAGCCCCGGAGCCGGAGGAGCUGGCUCGGCGGCAGCGGCGGCACCCAGAGCUGACCCAGGGUGAGGCUGUGGCCAGUGUCAUCAUCUACCGCACCCUGGCUGGGCUUCUGCCCCACAACUAUGACCCCGACAAGCGCAGCCUGAGGGUCCCCAAACGCCCGGUCAUCAACACGCCUGUGGUGAGCAUCAGCGUCCAUGACGACGAGGAGCUGCUGCCCCGGGCCCUGGACAAGCCGGUCACGGUGCAGUUCCGGCUGCUGGAGACGGAGGAGCGCACCAAGCCCAUCUGCGUCUUCUGGAACCAUUCCAUCCUGGUCAGCGGCACAGGCGGCUGGUCAGCCCGAGGCUGUGAAGUUGUCUUCCGCAACGAGAGCCACGUCAGCUGCCAGUGCAACCACAUGACCAGCUUCGCCGUGCUCAUGGACGUGUCGCGGCGGGAGAAUGGGGAGAUCUUGCCGCUGAAAACACUCACAUACGUGGCUCUGGGGGUCACCCUGGCCGCCCUGCUGCUCGCCUUCUCCUUCCUCACCCUCCUGCGUGCCCUGCGCUCCAACCAGCACGGCAUCCGCCGGAACCUGACCGCUGCCCUGGGGCUGGCUCAGCUGGUCUUUCUCCUGGGAAUCAACCAGGCCGACCUCCCUUUCGCUUGCACAGUCAUCGCCAUCCUGCUGCACUUCCUGUAUCUCUGCACCUUCUCCUGGGCUCUGCUGGAGGCCUUGCACCUGUACCGGGCGCUCACGGAGGUGCGCGAUGUCAACGCGGGCCCCAUGCGCUUCUACUACAUGCUGGGCUGGGGUGUGCCCGCCUUCAUCACAGGUCUAGCCGUGGGCUUGGACCCCGAGGGCUAUGGAAACCCCGACUUCUGCUGGCUUUCCAUCCAUGACACCCUCAUCUGGAGUUUCGCUGGCCCAGUGGCCUUCGCUGUCUCUAUGAGUGUCUUCCUGUACAUCCUGGCAGCCCGGGCCUCCUGUGCCGCCCAGCGGCAGGGCUUUGAGAAGAAAGGCCCAGUCUCGGGCCUGCGGCCCUCCUUCGCCGUCCUGCUGCUGCUGAGUGCCGCGUGGCUGCUGGCGCUGCUCUCCGUCAACAGCGACACCCUCCUUUUCCACUACCUCUUCGCCGCCUGCAAUUGUGUCCAGGGGCCCUUCAUCUUCCUUGCCUACGCGGUGCUUAGCAAGGAGGUUCGGAAAGCACUCAGGGCCGCCUGCAGCCGCAAGCCCAGCCCCGACCCUGCUCUCACCACCAAGUCCACCCUGACCUCGUCCUACAACUGCCCCAGCCCCUUCGCAGACGGGCGGCUGUACCAGCCCUACGGAGACUCGGCCGGCUCCCUGCACAGCACCAGCCGCUCGGGCAAGAGUCAGCCCAGCUACAUCCCCUUCUUGCUGAGGGAGGAGUCCACACUGAACCCUGGCCAAGGGCCCCCCGGCCUGGGGGACCCAGGCGGCCUGUUCCUGGAAGGUCAAGCCCAGCAGCAUGAUCCCGACACGGAUUCUGACAGCGACCUGUCCCUGGAAGAUGACCAGAGUGGCUCCUACGCCUCCACCCACUCGUCAGACAGCGAGGAGGAGGAAGAGGAGGCGGCGGAAGAGGCGGCCUUCCCUGGAGAGCAGGGCUGGGACAGCCUGCUGGGGCCUGGGGCUGAGAGGCUGCCCCUGCACAGCACCCCCAAGGGCCCAAGUCCAGCAGAGGAUGUGAUUCAGGAAGACAGCUCCUCGGAGAGCAGGGAGGUUAGCUACGGGGUCAUUCACAUGGAAAUGUCCAGGGAAUGGCGGCCUGGGAAGAAGGUCAAAGUCUCUCCCAGCUGA